CAUCAUCUGAUGUGGAGUGCCGAGCGCAACUCCUCUUCCGCAACCCCACACCCCGCCGCCUCCACAUGGCAAUGUGGCGUUUACCACUGCCACCACGCGUGCGGCCUUUGCGCAUUUCGCAACGCGUCCGUGUUGUCGGGCUCGCAGCCGUGCUUGCGGUCACACUCGUUGCUUCCGUCCAUGUUCUGUCUGCUGCGGGAACCACGACGACCGCAUCUUCUGCGCGUGUUGCAAGUCAGCCAGCAUUUCUGGCAGGCUUCGGCGAAGAGUGCCGUGGCUGGAUUCCCACGGAUCCUACUACCGAUCACUUGUGCCCCGGCGCGUCGGAACGCCUCCGGGAGGUGCAGACGUUCUUGCAGGAACCUGUGCUCGAUUACGGCGAAGAAGUGUACACCGCUGCGCGACGACUGGAAGCGUGUGCACUCGGUCUCGUGGAGUGCCCGGAACGGCCGCUCGUUGUUAGCCUGUGGCCUGCAUCAGAGCAGCAGCCAACGUUCUUCGCCGAGGUGGAACGACGAGCUGAGCUUGCCUGGCACGACGACAUCCACGAGGGAGUUGAACUGUUCAACUAUGUCUUUGUUCCAACAGCGGACCGAGCGAAGACACUGCAUCUCGUGAAGGCUCUGCGUGCCAGCAUUCACCAAGUUUGGAUGGGCGAGAUCGCCGCUAUCGAGUGCAUGCAGAAUCCCCGCUGCAUCGCUGACGACUACGUCGCGGCCUCAGUCCCCGCCAUGGUCCCGAAUAUCACAGAGGUUCCCGACACCGAGAAAGGGCCGGUUGAUCUGUGGCGCCUCAUGGUGACAAGUUGGCACGGCGUACGGCCAAGUCGGGCCCAGUCGCCGGGGCACGAUCUCACACGCGACUGGGGUGUGGCAACCCAAGGUGGCGAGGAGCACUGGAGCAUUCAUCCCAUCGGGCGGUGGCACACCAUCUCACCGUACCCGUUUCCCGACCACGCCUGGGUGCCCUUUACGCACGCGCGGGCAUGCGAUCCUUCGACGUUCACGAUCACGCGGAAGCCGAAGCGUCUGGGAACUCAAAUUGCGGAGCGCACGGUAUUGAUACUCGGCGACGCGACGGACCUGGAGAACGCAGAAGUUGACUGGGCAGGGGUGUGGCGCUUUCUGCACGACCGCGGGUUAAACGCCACCUUCACCAUCCCCUCGUCCACGCCACUCUCACACAAAUGGCUAACCGCCUUUCCCGCCGAUCCAGAAGCGUAUCCCGAGCUGCUGGGCGAAGCCGAUGCUCUCCUCGGCAUCGGCACCCCACAUCUUGCGACGACACCCUACAUAGCUAUGUGCCGUGGCACGCCGGCGGUGUUUCCUACUUUUCGAAAUAUUGGGAGUCUGGGAUUUCCCAUGGGCUGGGAACGCUACGACCCGAGCUGGAUGCAACACGGGCAGUACUACGUAGACGAGCCUGAACCGCAAGGGUUCAAGUAUCCAGCGGGCGACAUGGAGCUGCUCGCGUAUGAGCUGUGGAAGGCGCUGAGUAGCGAAAGGAGUCCACAUACACCGCGCCAGUUCGGGCCCCUUGGGUUGUAUGAGAGCCUCGAGGCAAUGUUGCACUUCGACUACGAGGGCGAGUACAACCAACAGCGAAGCGUCCGUGGCGGGCCCAUUGGGCUCGCGGAAGAUCUCCGCGUCAACUGCUGGAAGCAGGGAUGGUGUCGCAAGGACGGGCAGUUGGGAGGGACGCGAUGACAGAGCACGCAGCGAUAUGGGAGUGACUCAGAGACCUACAGAUCCAAGACUUAUGAAAC